CUACUUUGACUUUUCGAGUCAACAAAUUCUCCAUCCAUUUCACUUCUGCUGAAGAAAUCAAUGUGGAGACACACGCCAAGUGGGUCCCUGUUCGAGCCCUAAAUCUGCACAUACCAUUUUCAUCUGCAAGUGUGAAUCAUGCGGGUUUUAUUGUAGGAAUAUGCGAAGAUGAAGUUUAAUUUGACGUUUUUGGUUGCUCUGUUUCUUAUCUCAGUCGUAGUUCACUGCGCUGACCCCGAUCCCGUGGUGAAGAAGAAUCCAAAUGAUGGUUUAGGUUCUGAAACAACAACAACAACAACAACAUCAAACCCAAAACCAAAAGUUAGUUUGAAUGAGAAAUCAAGCGCAUCAGGCUCUAAUCUAGAAUCUAAGCAAGCAGAUCCACUGGAGAAGCCCAAAGUUUCAAAUGAUAUUCAAAAUCCGACAGUUGAUAAGGCUAAGAUUAAGAGUGUUCCAAGUAAGCCAUUAGGGGAUAAAGAAGCAGGUAAUGUGCAAAAGGAUUCUAAAGAUAAGGAGGUGGUAGAUGAUGUGGAUAAGAAAACUAAAGCAUAUAAAGGGGAAGAAGAAUUCAAGAAGUUGCCUAAAGAGGAUAAUUUGGCAUCCAUGAGGAUAGGACAAUGUGAUUCAUCUUUCAAGUGCACAAUUGGUAAUGAUGAUAAGAAUCAUGGAAUGGUUGCUUGUUUAAGUGUUCCUGGAGAUGAGUCUACAGAAGUUUCCCUUUUAAUCCAGAACAAGGGAAAGGGGUUACUUGUUGUGGAUAUUACUGCUCCUGAAUUUGUUCGCCUAGAUAAAACAAAUGUUCAAAUCCAAGAAAAUGAUGACCAAAAGGUUAUGGUUUCUAUAGGAGAUGGAAAAACCGAAAAAUUUAUAACCCUAAAAACACUUAAAGGCAGUUGUGAUCUUGACUUUAUGGAUUUUCUUACACAUAACCCCAUGAAAAAGUCAAACUACAUGUCACGGUUGACUUUGACCAAUCUGUUCAAACGGACACCAUUUGUUGGAGUCAUAUCAUUAGCUUUUGUGGUGGUGAUAGUGUCUGUGAUGGCGUGUGUGACAUAUCAAAGAAGAAGAUUAAUGAUGAACAAUGGUGGUGCAGCAGCAAAAUAUCAAAAAUUGGAUGCUGGGCUUCCGGUUUCAGGUGGGCCCAAGAUGGAUUUUGACCAAAACCAAAAAGAUGGAUGGAAUGAUAAUUGGAGUGAUGAUUGGGAUGAUGUUGAAGCGCCAAAUACACCUUCCACAAUGCCUCUUACUCCAAGCAUAUCUUCUGCUGGUGUUUCUUCAAGACGAGUUAACAAAGAUGCUUGGAAAGAUUAGACUUAAAAACAAGAUUUUUUUUUCUUUUUGGUUCGUUUAGAUUAUUUUUGUGUAUCAUUUUUCCAUGAAAAACUGUAUUUUUUUUUUUUUUUAAAGAAUUUCAGAAUCUUGGAUAUUUGAUUCAGUUAUUUUGUUGUGCUA